AGUAAAAACGCAUUCGUUUUAUUUCUCUGAUCGACAGAUCUGAAAUCUGCGUGAUGUCCGCGGCGCUGCGGCGUGUUAAACUCAGACCUGUAGAUGUUUUAGUGAGGUUUUCUUGUGGCUCUGUAUGAAAGAUAUGGAUUGUCAUGUCAUUAAUUACAAUGCAACACAUGUACAGAACACGGUGGCUGCCUGAAGUGACGGAGUUCUGCCUACACGAGCUGCUAGCUUGAGGACAUCAUUUGGACCAGAGUGACUCCUCUUCACUCUAUAUGCUCUUCGGCAGCGUCACUCGUCGCCGUGUGCGCCAACAUGGCGGCUCCUGUCCCCGGCAGAUGUGGCUUCUACCUGGAGAAGAAGAAGCGGUUCUGUAAGAUGGUCGUGGCCAAAGGGAACAUGUUCUGUGGAGAACACGGCAACAUGGAGGAGGGAAACCACAGCCGGAGGAUCGUCUGCCCGCUCGACCCCAAACACACGGUGUGUGAGGAGCGACUGGACAAACACCUGAAGAAGUGCAACUCCAGACAGAAAGCCACACCUGUUUAUUAUGUGAAGGAUGUGAACGCUGGAGCAGCAGAGCCGGACGAGCCGGAGCAGCAGGUUCCUCUGUGUCGGCGCAGCAGGGCGGAGCUCCAGGCGUUGCUGGACAAACUGAACGAAGCGGCGACAGGGCUGCAGGUGGCGCUGCAGGACAGCGUCCUGUCUCACUCCGCCCUGCAGGACGAACUCAACAACCCACAGAACGGAGACGCCGCCCGCAAACACCUGAAGCAGCAGGCGUCCAUCCUGGGCAACAUGGCGGCGCUGCGGCUGCUGGGCGGCGGCCGCUGCUUCGUGGAGUUCGGAGCAGGAAGAGGGAAACUGUCCCACUGGAUCCACGAGGCGCUGAGGAGCUGCCAAGACUCCGCCCACUUCCUGCUGGUGGAGAGGAGCAGCACGCGCUUCAAGGUCGAUGGGAAAAACCAGGACGCUGUGGCUCGGUUUGAGAGGCUGCAGGUGGACAUCCAGCAUCUGGACCUGAGUAAGGUUCCUCUGCUGCGGCAGGAGAGGGUUCCGGUGGUCGGAGUCGGGAAGCAUCUAUGCGGAGCGGCGACAGAUCUCGCUCUCCGCUGUUUGUUUGAGAGAAACGGGGCGAGCGAGGCCGCCGGGCCGCCGAGCAAACGCCCCAAACCCUCUGAGACGAGAGCCGACCCCGGACCCGGCCCGGAACCAGGCUCAGAUGCGGGAGCGGGACGUCCCGCCGCGGACGGCGAGCUGGCGGUGUGCGGCCUGGCGGUGGCGCUGUGCUGCCAUCAUCGCUGCGAGUGGCGUCACUACGUGGGGAAAGACUUCUUCCUGCAGAGAGGCCUGGGAGCCGCCGACUUCAACGCCUUCUGUCGCAUGUCCAGCUGGGCCACGUGCGGCCAGAGACCGGCCAAUCAGAGCUGCCCGCCUCAUCUUCCCACCAAUCAGAGGAGCGAUGCGGAGGAACACGAGGCGGCGGAGGAAACGGAGCCGGACCCCCUCGGCGGCUUCCUGUCGGCGGAGCGCCGCGAGGCUGUCGGCCGUCUGUGCAAACGUCUGAUUGACGGCGGGCGGCUGGACUUCCUGCGGAGGCGGGGCUUCACCGGCAGACUGAGCCGCUACUGCAGCUCCCAGCUGACCCUGGAGAACGUCUUACUGACCGCCGUGCCCACCGCCGCCGCUGGCACCCCGCCUCACUCACCUGCAGCACCCGGCUCACCUGCAGCACCUGGCUCACCUGCAGCACCCGGCUCACCUGCAGCACCCGGCUCACCUGCAGCACCCGGCUCACCUGCAGCACCUGAGGAGAUGUCCUGAUGGAGAAGCUGUUUGGUUUUUGUUGUGUUGAGCAGAAACUCAGAGACGCAGUUCGUCUUUUCUGUAUAAAAGUCUUUUAUUACCUGACAGGUCAGAGUCACAGUGGAGCUGGAAGCUCCGCCCCAUUUUCCUCCUCAACAAACCGUUUAGCUACAACAGGUUUCACAGCUCAGAGUCACAGUGGGAGUUUGUGGCUGAAGCAGCCGCCUUAUAAUGUCUAACAAAGUCCUCCACACUCAGAAACCACACAGCUGAUGAUUGACUGUGGAAAGCAAAAUGCUUCCCCGGGGACUAUUUUCCCAG